GGGAAAAUGAACACUCCUUUUCUCUAAAGAACCUCAUUCGCAUAGAGAGUGUUUUAGUGUCCUGCCGACUAUCGACUUGUCACUCCCACUUGUGCAAUCGUAGUCAGAGAUUUUCCUACUAACUCUUGAUAGUAAUGACUUUGCUGUUCGUAAUUGUGUAUGUGUUGCUAACUUUUUAGCGCGAAGUAUGUUUGUAGUUGAAGAUACUCUCCAAACAAAAUACCUUAUUAAAUAUGUUUGCCUCGGAGAACAGCAUAGAAUUGUUGCAACGGACCUAGUUCGUAUAUGGACAGAAGAAAUGUCUUCGGAAGACAUUAUUCGUCGUUGCCAGGAGUUAAAUCCAAAUAUUGAAGCACCACCAGAAACUCUUUUGUCAAAGGUUACCAAUUUGAUGGAUUCUGUUGGUGCGGAAGUGAGGGCUAAUAUUACAGUUAGCAAGGAAAUGCUGUGCCUAAGCCUAGAAACGAGAGUAUCCAGAGUUUUAUUUAGGUUCAACUUUAGACUCUCUCCUUCUGACCCAGCAACUUUUAUGCAAGAAGUGACAGUUCCUUUGGCACUAAUGGUAAAAGAGCUGCAGGGUAGAGUAACACAAUUAUAUGAAAUUUUGAAGAGAAAAGAUGUAGAAAUUCAGCAAUAUAAACUGGAGGGUGCACAGAUCUGCAGAAAAAGUGUUGAAACUGAACCAUUUAAGAAGGAGGAAUUUGAAAAACAAUGUCUGACAAAAGACCAUGGGAAUGUCAAAGGGCCUCCAGCAGAAGUGAUCACAGAGGACAUAAUUCAGCUCUGGAAAUCAAUGAAACUUUCUCAUGCCACAAAAAUUAAAGAUGCAAAUCCAGUGAAGCAAGAAAUACAAACAAAUAUAAAAGAAGAACCAGCAUCAGAUGACAGUGAUAGCACAGAGAGCAAUCACUUAACUAGAAGUAAUGCAGCUGAUUUGACUGAAACACAUCGUGAGUUGCAAAUAAAACGUGAAAAGGACUCCUCAAUUAACAAUUUGAGUGUUGGGAUGACACAAAAGAAAGUGUUGAAAAGAAAACUUCCUUUGUAAUUUGAUUUGCAUUUUCAAACUACCAUUAUAUAUUGUGUAAAGGCUGCGGUCCACGAAAACUGGUGAGGGUGAAGACAAAAAUGAUGCCUUUGUAGCUAUAUAAUCAUUUGUGAUCAUGGUGUCAAAGACAAUUAAAUAUCUGGGUGAUUGUUUUUAUGUUGAUGAAAAAGAGAGUAACUUGAAUCCAUUUUCAUAUGCUGAUAGAUUUUAUUUUAAUGGUAACAAUCUUUUUUAAAUAAAGCAAUUUUUUUUAUUUUUAUUGCUUGAACAUUAUAUAUAUGUGUGGUUUAGUGGCAAAGAACAAGGCUGCUGUUUGAUGAUUAGUGAUUUUUUUCUAAUCAACAAUUUAGUAUACAAAUACCAUAACUCAAACUUUUAAAAACAGGAAUUUUAAUUGGUCAUGUAUGAAACUCUGAUUUUUUUAUGUAUUUUAAUUAGAAAAUAAAUGAUUAAAUUUUAUUUUGUUUUA